AUAAACUUUAUUUCACCUCGGUCUGUGUCGUGUCAGCGAGAACAACAAGUACGUAAACUUCAAGGUAAGUACAGCGUUAAAUCAUUGUAUUAUUUUCGCUUUGAGCUGGGAGAGCUGAAGCUAUACCGGAUCGCUUUAGUGGCCGUCGAUAGCUAAUUUCAAAUGACGAAUAUCACAGUUUUGGGAUGACCAAAUUUGUGACAUUAACGUUUUAAAAACUUCCUUUGCUUUUCUUUUAAAAUGUUUCCGGGGACUGAUCUACUCGUUAGUUCCCACCUCGUUUCAAAUGGCCUGAUGUAAUAAUCACUUUGAAUAUGAAAUUUAAAUCUUCUUCCGCCGCUUGCAAAUACAACGAUUCUUGAUAGAUUAGAGCUACUUGACUCAAGUCAGAAAGUUUUCUAGCAUUCUUAAAGAUACAACGUAACGAUAACAAUGAAAACUCGCAUAUCCGGUGGAAAGAUAUUUCUUUUUACGGUCCGUCUUCUGUUCGGGUUUGACCAUUUCCGCAUUUGUCCACAUAAAGUGAUUACAUGGUUUAUGAAUACAUAUGAUAAUAUCUGAGCUAAAAUAAGGAAGGCAUUCUACAAACUUUUACAAACCUCAGUUGGGAUACCGCUCAUACCCUAAAGUGUAUUCAAUUUUUCUCCCCCAUGGUAAUACUUAAAUUAUUUUCAACAUCAUUCGAAGCCAUUCCCACUCUAAUGUGACCGCUUUUAAAAUGACACGCCGGUAUAACCUGACAAAUUACGCGUCCUAUUGGGGUCACUAUCGGGGGUCCCGACUUGUCAAUGUUGUGCGCACUAUUCAUGAUAAACGCAAAAGAAAGACCAAAUCUAAUAAAGAAAACUAAUUGCUCACAUUAUAAUUAUAUACAGACCGAAUGUUUCAUUAAGCGAUUGAAAUAGCAUCAAAAAGCGCCAGAAGACAUGCAUAAACUCUCAGAACGCAUCGUUAAGCGAACAUGUCGGAGCAGGUUUCGUUAUCUUAACCUGCAUAAACUUUUGGAGGUCGAAAACGAUUAAAAACAGUAUAAAUUGUCAUGAUGCUCCUCUCGCCUCUUCUUUGCCUUUUUAUUUUAGUUGAAACCAAAAAACUGUUAAAAACUUGGAACGAAAUUUAUUACUCCGACGCUUCAAUCGAAAAAAAAGGUAAUAUUUCAAUUGUAUUAUUUGACAGUUAACCAAGUUGAUUGUCCUGUUGUGGUUGUUAUCACAAAUCUGUUAAUUAGAUAUGCUAAUCAGUGACAAACGUAGUAUUACCGGGAGGCAUUCACAUUCCGACGAAACAAUACGAAUACAAUUGCCUUAUCUACUCCUCAUCUUUAGACAAACAUGAUGGCUGUGAUAUUUUUAGAAAGAGAUAAAAGUGAAUAAGAAAGGCCUGUAAAAUUUACAGUCGAACAUUUAUAUAUAACUAUUGAAAGAUAUACUAAUCAGGGACAGAAAUAGGAUUAAAAACUCUCUCACCAGGAGACAUUCGCAUUUCGACAAACGACUUCAAAUACAAUUGCCUAAAAAGACUCAAGAGAAAAACCUUGUAUUAAUGUCAAUAUCUGUGCAAAUGUGCACCCACCCAUCCCCCAAACCAACAGCAGUCAACUGAUAACAAAUUAGGCAAAAUGUUGGGUUAGGGGAGGAGUAGGUGUACAGUAGCUGAUCAGAACUGAACUGAGACAGAUCCAAAACCUCUAAACACGUGACUCUUAAACUAAUGUCAGAAAUACUAAUCAGUUUUAGAAAUAAGCUUUAAAUCGCCUGAAGAUAUACACGAAAAGAAAAACAUUUUUUUUUCUAUAUCAUUAUGUUCAGAAUACUCCAAAUAUAAGCUCUAACACAAAUUUAAUUAUCGUCAUUACUAACCCUCAUCAUCACACAAGCACAAACGAGCCUAUCUUGUACAUCCUUUCCCUUCCCCCAAGUCUUCGUUUAGUGUGUUAAGCUCGAGAGUAAGAAGGGGAACUAAAGAAUAAUUCUAUUUAUGCACUCGGCUUUGAGGCGCCACGGAAAACAAAUGUUCGUUAGUCCAAAGGCAGAUGGUUAUUAGUUAACGUUUGUGUUCACAAGGGACACACAGCGUAGAGUAUUUUGCAGUUGAGGAUGCAAUGAUUUGUAUCGCAACCUAAAUUGGAUGUAAAAAUGUCAUAACCUUCAAAUUCAGGCGCAUAAUGCAAUGACGGCGACAUCGUAAAUCCGCUGAGGAAACAAAAAGGAUGCGAAGUUAUUUGAUUGUGUUAGCGCUCGAGCCAACAUUAUGCCGCUGUUUGCAAAUAUAACGAUUCCUGAUAGAUAAAAGCUACUUUACUUAAGUCAGAAAGCUUUGUAGCAUUCUUGAUGAUGCUGUGAGUAUGAUCAUAACAAAUGAAUUCACAUAGCCGAUGGAAGCCAUUUACGUUUAUCAUGGCUCAUUUCCGUUGCUAUUCAACUGCAAAGGAAAAGCACUGCAUUUGCCCGCACAUAGUGAUUCAUGGUUUGUGAAUACAUAGGAUUACAUCUGGGUUGAAGGAAGGAAAGUGUCAAUCCUCAACGAGUGAUGCACACAAUAUUUGCAGCAUGAUGACUACCAAAACUCCAGACAGAAUGAAUCAUUCAGCGAUAGAAAGAGUAUUACAAUUUUUAGAGAGCAUGUACAAAACCUCUUAACGCAUCGUUAAGCAGACAUGUCGGGGCAUGUUUCAUUAUCCAAGGCCUGAAGUUUUGGAAGAUAUAACCUGCAUCAACUAUCGCAACGACUAAUAAGGAAUAGUAUAAAUCAUGAUGAUCCUCCUCCCAACUCUUCUUUGGCGGUUGUUUCAGUUGAGGUCUCAAAAUGUUUCAAAACUGUAAAAAAGAGUCAUCGCUCCGAUGAUCCAGCUCAAGAGAAGUUAAUUCUACAAAACAUACUUCCUUAUUGGAACCCCUUGACCCCUCUUUGGAAGUCUAGCUAAUAUUUAACACCAGGAGCAUCGUUUGUCGUAUCGUGGUUCUUAUCACAAAUUUAUUAAGACUCUUCAGUGCUGUGUGGACGGCAAUACAUAACAAAAUGUAUUGCAAACCGAGGAACAAACUUUCGAGUCAUAAAAACACAAAUAUGGACAAAAUGAAUACUUUGGUGAUGGAAAUAGGAUCAAAAGCGCCAGGGGGCAGAAACAAAGUCAAGAGCACAUUUAAAUGAUAGAAACAUUUGCCAUUUUCGGCAGCAUGACUUUCAAAAAUAAUUCACAUACAAUUUUUUUCCUCUAACUACGUGAACAACCACAAGUUAUUAAGCUUUAACGCAUAAAGAGCAUUUUAAGGAAGCAUUUCACCAAGCUACCAUAUCUGAUGUGUUUCCUCCUUGUUUAAUUAAACUCAGUUGUCCAAACUUAAACAUAAAACCAAUGAUAAGCUAUUGCAAUGAUCUAGUAGAAUAUUUUCAAGUCUCAAACUGAAUUCGGCAUCAUUCGAAUUCCAACACCGCUUCUGUUGGACGGCUCAGAAGAAACGUUGCAAAAGAAAGAAGAAGUUGAAUUGUGUAAAUGUGAUUAUUGAUACAAUUUCCCAAUUUCCAAAGCAGUAUAAACUUGCUUACACAUACAAUCAAAAAAACAAGAAAAAAAAAAAAGACUGAAGAGCAAAACCUUUAAAGUCGUGACUUUGGUAACAACUGACAGAGGUUCUGAUCAUUAACAGGAAUAAGACUAAGAAUACAGACGGUAGGGGGCAUUCACAAACCCACGACCACAUUCUUGAUUAUAGCGAUUUUAUUUCAAGUUACUAAAAAAAGGUUCUUUCUCUUCCGCCAGGCGACCUGGUUCUCACGCCAAUUGUUUAUGCAACAGUAGAUCCAAUGAGUGCCAUCUUAGGACAAAAGAAAAGGGAAAGGCAAGCCAUCUGACUGAUAAACUUUACUUCACCUCAGUCUGUGUCGUAUCUGCGAGAGCAACAAGUAAGUAAACUUCAAAGUAGGUACAGCAUUAAAUCAUCGUGUUAUUUUCACUUUGAGUGAAGCUAUACCGGGUCGCUUCAGUGGCCGUCGAUGACUAAUUUCAAAUGACGAAUAUCAGAGUUUUAGGAUGACCAAAUUUGUGAAAUUAACUUUGUAACAACUUCCUUUGCUAUUCUUUUAUAAUGUUUCAGGGGACUGACUUACUAGUUAGUUCCCACUUAGUUUCAAAUGGUGUGAUCCAAUAAUCAAUUUGAAUAUGAAAUUUAAAUCUUUAUUCUUCCGCCGUUUGCAAUUAUAACGGUUCUUGAUAGAUUAGAGCUACUUGACUCAAGUCAGAAAGUUUUAUAGUAUUCUUGAAGAUACACCAUAACGAUAACAACGAAAACUCGCAUAUCUGAUGGCAAGAUAUUUUCCUUUUAGGGCUUAUCUAUCGCAAUUGUCCACAUACACUGAUUACAUGGUUUGUGAAUACAUAUGAUUAUAAGUGGGCUGAAAUAAUAGGGCAUUUUACAAACUUUUAUAAGCCUCAGAUGGGAUACCGCUCAUACCUUAGAGUGGGUUUAAUUUUCUUCCUAAUUCUGAUACUUUAAUUAUUUUCAACAUCAUUCAGUUCGAAGCCAUUCCCACCCUCAUGUGACGGCUUUUAAAACGACACGCUAAGAUAACCUAACAUAUGGCGCGUCCUAGCGAGGUUUUUAUUAUUACUUUCCGACUUUUCAAUGUCGUGUGCACCGUUCAUGAUAAACGCAAAAGAAAGACGAAAUCUAAUAAAGAAAAAUAAUUGCACACAUUAUAAUUAUUACAGACCGAAUGUUUCAUUGAGCGAUUGAAAUAGCAUCAAAAAGCGCCAGAGUACGUGCAUAAACUCUCAGAACGCAUCGUUAAGCGAACAUGUCGAGGCAGGUUUCGUUGUCUUAAUCUGCAUCAACUUUUGGAGGUCGAAAACGAUUAAAAACAGUAUUAAUUGUGAUGAUGCUCCUUUCGCCUCUUCUUUGGCUUUUUAUUUUAGUUGAAACCAAAAAGCUAUUUAAAGCUCGGAACGAAAUUUAUUGCUCCGACGCUCCAAUCGAAAAAAAAAGGAAUAUUUUAAAACUAUUAUUUGACUGUGGAGCAAGUCGAUUUUCGUAUUGUGGUUGUUUUCAUAAAUCUAUUAAUUAGAUAUGCUAAUCAGUGACAAACGUAGUAUUACCGGGAGGCAUUCACAUUCCGACGAAACAAUACAAACACAAUUGCCUUAUCUACUCCUCAUCUCCUCAGGCAUGAUGGCUUUGAUAUGUUUAGAAAGAGACACAAGUGACUAAAAAAAGCCUAUCCUAGUAAUUACCCCUUUUCCAUCCCCCAUCUAUCCUUUUCUCAAGCCAUUUGUUUAUGCAACUUUAUAUCCAAUAAAUGCUUGCUUAGGACAAAUGAAAAGGUGGGGCUUGUAACCUGAAGGAUAAAAUUUACAGUCGAGACUUCAUAAAUAACUACUGUAAGAUAUACUAAUCAGGGACAGAAAUAGGAUCAAAAAUACUCACACCAAGAGGCAUUCACAUUCCGACAAAAGACUUCAAAUACAAUUGCCUUAAGAAGUUCGAAUCUUUAGAAAAGUAUGUCGGCUGUGUUAUCUUUUAAAGAGAUACCAGUUACUUAUAAAAAGCCUAUCCUAGUAACCUUUUCCUAUCCCCCUCGUGUCCUGUUCUCACGCCUCUUGUUAAUGCAACCUUAUUUCCAAUAAAUGCUAGCUUUAGAAAAGGGGAAGGCUCGUCAUCUAAUGGAUAUAUUUUUUAUGCUUCAGACUGUGUCCGCGUAUCUGCGAGAACAACAAUUUGGUAAACUUCAAGGUAAGUACAACGUUGAACUAUUCUAUUACAUACACUGAAAUUUAUUUUUUAACAACUUCCUUUGCUAUUCGUUCUUAAUAUUUUAAGAGAUUGAUUUACUUGUUAGUCCCAGCCCGGAUUCAAAUGGCCCUGCUCCAAUAAUCAAUAUGAAAAUAAAAUUUAGAUAUCUUUUUUCUGAAUAGUAUCGUCACAAAACUUUGUUUCGUUGGGAGUCUUGCGUUUUUUCUAGUAGUUGUCUGAUUUUAAAAGCCAUAGAGCCAAAAUUGUAAAGCCCUUUGUAAAUCAAACGAUUCCUGAUAGAUAAGAGCUACUUGAAUUAAAUCAGAAGGCAUUGUAGCAUUCUUGAAGAUGCAAUUUAACUCUAAAGCCAACUUCUUUUUUCUUGUUCGACUGCAAAUGAUCGCCUCCUCAUUUGCCCGCAUAGGAGUGUCGAAACGUUGACCAUACGGCAAUGCUGCACCUACACUAAAGAAGUUGUUCUCUAUUAAAAUCCCUAUUUGAGUUUAACUUGAAUCAGAUGACAAAAUUCACUCGUUUUCCGAUCAGUUUGAACGGCUCGACGAUCGCGACGAUGGCCUCGGCAAUCUCCGAGGGAAGGAGCAACUUGCAGUGAGACUGUCCGUUAAUUUUUCGGUGAAAAAUCAUCGUGCCUCGUGAUACAGCUGAUUCUUUCGUCAAAAGUUCGCUUUUGGUUUACUAAAGAAAUUUCUCUGCAGCAACAAACUCUAGAACACUGACCGAGAGGAACCUUCGCCGCACAUGGUGCGAAGGAAUAAAAUGUUAUGGCAACAGAAACGGUAAGAGAUACUCGUCCUUCACUUACAGUUCGCCUUAGAAAACAAAACACAAACGCAGCAAACUAAACAUACAGUAACGGGAACUUUUUUGUUCUAAUCUUAACCUAAACACCACAGGCGAGAAACCGUCUUUGUCAGUCAAAAUCUUCGUUUGAUGCAACGCGUUUCUCCUUCGGAGGGCUGAACAGAACUCGCAACUUCCAUUUCUUCUCUACUACUUGAGUACGAUGUACCACAACUCUGAGUAGAGCUUGCUGAAGGGAGAUAUACAUCACUAUCGCACAUUAUUUCAAAGAAUAUUUAAACGCUGACUGAUACAAAAGUACAAGAGAUGUGAAAAAUUGGUAGCUGUUAAGUGAGAGUUUUCACAAUUUUCUAUGUCAUCACCCGCUAAUUCGUUACCAGUCCACGGGACACUUUCAAGACAAAAUAAGAGUACUUUAGGGCCCGUGAAAACGAUUUUUAAGUUUUUUGAAACUUUUAAGAAAGAAAGGAAUCGGAGAAGGAAUAGAGGUCAGCCUUUGCCUUUGGCCAUUUUUUUAGGGUGUUAUGCGAACGUCAGCGUGUUUUCGCGGGAAAUUAAAGAACCCCCCACAUAUCUCAGUUCUAAAAAUAAAAAGAUACGGAACAGGGUUGACAACAACCUGGAAAUAGGAUCAAAAACGCAGAAAACCCACAGAACGCGUCAUUAAGCAAACAUGUAAGGACAGGUUUCGAUAUCUUAAGCCUGACGUUUAAGAAAGAAAAAAAAAACCCUGCGUCAUCUUUCGGAAGGUCGCAAACGAUUUAAGAUAGCGUAAUUUCUGAUGUUCCUCUUCCUUCCUCUUCUUUGGCUGUAACAGUGAGAACUUCAGUAAUUUAGAAAGCUUCGUUAGCACAGUAUUAAAACAUUGCAUUGUUAAUCUGAAUAGGUCGCUCAACCGUCGACAGUUAGUUUUAGAGGAAGAGUAUCACAAACGAACAACUUGACAAAAUCGAAGUUCAUUUUGUUUCCCAUUUGCGCACCAGGAUCUACUUACUAGUUGCAGUAGAUGAACCAUAACGGAUUUCAAACUCCAGACUGUUUAGGAAUUCUCUUAUUGCUUGCCAUUAGAAGAAAUCUUACGUUUUCUUCCAAAAGGAGACGAGUUUGAGUCGAUGAGGUGUUUCAUAUCUGUUUGUUUGCUUAAAUUGGGCCUUGUGGCAUACGCACACACAACGAGUUUUUGGGGACAAUUUAAGAAUUAUUUGCAUUGUUUGUUUCUUAAUCCUUAGCCGCAGAAUGAACCGAAUGAAGCUGGAUCAUAAACGCUUUAUUUUGUUUAUCAGGUCGCGGAUCUCGUGUGCCUAAUGAUUCAUAAAUCCCGUGCUUGAGAUUUUAACAGUGUUAAAAUCUUAAGCACAUUUAUAUUAAAUGAAUUUAUUAUUUAAAACUGUAUGACUACAGACAAAAUGUAUAAUUUGGUGAUGGAAAUAGGAUCAAAAGCGCCGAAAACCCACAGAACGCGUCAUUAAGCAAACAUGUAAAGGCAGGUUUCGAUAUCUUGAGCCUGACGUUAAAGGAAAAAAAAGGCAAAAACCCUGCGUCAUCUUUCGGAAGGUCACAAACGACUUAAAAUAGCGUAAUUUCUGAUGUUCCUCCUCCUUCCUCUUCUUUGGCUAUUUAUUUUUUAGUUGAGACUUCAAAAUUGUUUAAAACUGUGAAACAUGUCGUUGCUCCAAUGCUCCAGAUAAGAAGUUAAUUUUACAAACUAUACUUCCUUGUUUAAACCUCCUGACCUCAUGUGGAAACCAGGCAAAUUGCUUUUCCUGUUGUGCUUAUUAUAAAAAAAAAAAGCUUUUAAAGACUCUUCAGUGUUGUGCACGUGAACUAUGUAAUACAUGCAAAAAAACAAAACAGUGAAAACGGAAGAGCAAAACUGCACAUUAACGCAAAAAUUUGUCCACAUUGUUUUUAAUUCAUAUCUCAACAACUAUUUACAGGAAUAACACCUACAAUAUGUCAUUUUAAAGUGUAUAAAAUGGGCUUCUCAGGAAAAAAAAAUUCAUCAUUGAAACCCAGGACUUUCCUAAAAAGUAAAAUUUAAAACACAAAAUAAGUAAGACAUAGUGUAAAACUUGAGGUAAAAGUCACUUUUCCUCAUAGGUAUUGGUUAAUCAAGAUUAAUUGAUAGCAGAAGUUAAUUAUUAACAUGUCAGCAACAUUUCCUGAAAAUCUGAAAGAAAAAGAAUAAAUAAUGAAUUUUUUAUGAAUUUUUUUGUGUAAGAUUUAAUGACCAAAGGUAAUAAAGGCUACGAAGACGCAAAACCUAUGCUAAGCAAAAGCGUAAAGCACGAAAAAAUACAAUUACAUAAUAACUUGAAAUCCUGGUAGCUACAAAGGUUGUUAUUGUUGUUGUUGCAUGACGUAGGCGACCUGAUGUCAUUAUUUGUCGAUAACUCCAGAGGAAACGGGUAUUCUUGUUAUCUGUGCUCGUUUUUCUAAGGCUACAGGAAGUCUUUUCAACAAUUUGUCUUACAACUGCGUAAGCAACAUCACGUCAGUAAGCUUCAAGGUAUUCGAAGACUCGACUUACACUAAUGGUAAAGUAAUGACGUAGAUAAACUAAAAAAUAUGUAACAUAUUUCUGCCUUCUGUUAGCCAAGCAGAUUUUCAGGGUUGGACUUUUCUCCAGUUCGUCAGUUCAGCCGAGCUGUUCUAUAUUUUCCGUUUCCCUUCCAUCCCUCUUCGCUCUAAACCUUCCGUCACAUAUUACGAGAAGUCGCCGCUAUUAUCAGAUGGUAUGAGAGAAUUAAGUUCGCAGGGUUAAUUAACAGUUGAAAAAAUGAAUAAAAAAAUAGCUUUUGCAGCAAAUCAAACUGUGCAUUUUACAUUGGACGUUUGUGUUCGGAUGAAAGGAAACCUCAAAUGGGUAAAGUUAUUGUGUAAUAUUCACUCAAUAUGGCGUAAAAUGCAUUUAGGUCCCAAUCAGAUGAAUUUCUCUCUAAACUAAUUUAAAAUAUCUUUGUUUUUUUGCUUGUUCUGCAAUGUGAAGUAAAACGUAGACGCAUCAAGUUCCAGAAAUGCCCUUCUAAGUACCCUUCUUUUGAAAGACGAAAGAGCGUUUUCUUUUUAAUCAGAGGUUCCAGCGUUUAAGAACGAUCAGUAUUUCUUCGUCGUUUCCUAAUCUCACUAGAAGAACAAUUAUCACACUGAUAAAAUAGUAUAUGGAAUACCUCAUUCAUUUUGUUUUUUAGAUUUUGUUUUUAUUUAUUUAUUUUUUAAUGUUUAGUACUAUAUUCAUUUAACUAUAUUUUUACUGUAGAUAAAUCUAAUGUUUAUAGAUAUAAAGAUGGAUUCACAAAGAGUUGAUGCCGUCGAAAUGCAUGAACACGAAACAAAGGGAGCUUCUGAAGGGGAUGUUUCUUCAAAAAAAACAAAGAGGGUAAGAAAGUCUUAGAUGAAUAUCAGAUCAAAACAGCACCAAACUUAGUUCAUGAACAAUUGCCACCUCCUGACAUCCAUUUUGAAAUAGAAAAAUUAAAUCCCCUAAACACUGGGUUUUAUUCAGAACUAGGGUCGUCUUGUCUAGUGUGCGUCUCUCUUUCUCAUUUAUCUAUAAAACUAUAAUUAUAAUGAUAAUUAUAAACAAUUAUUCACCGAAGUGGAAGGUAGAAGUGAUGAAUAGUUACCUGGACGCAUCGCGGCACAGUAAUAGUAAUACUCAUAGUAUUAUUAAUGCUAACUAAUCUUUAUCAUCGCUAUUUAUAAGCAUUAUUCAUUAGCAAUAUUCAUAAGCUAGAUUCAUUAGCAUUAUUCAUAAGCUAGAUUCAUUAGCAUAAUUCGUUGGCAUUAUUCAGUAUUAAUGAAUAACGAAUGCUGAAUAAUGAUUUGAUAAUGGACAAUGUUUCAUGACGUCAAGGUCUGGACAAAACUGGCGCUGGCCCGGAUUAGAAUGGAUCAGAUUUUAAAUUUUGUUAUUAUUUCCGCUGAAUAUUAAAAAAAACCUUUCAGUUCACAUUUUCUACUUAAAAUUUAUAUUUCCUGAAUCAUAUCAUCUUAUUUAAUUACAGCUUUAAAUCGCUUAACCUAUUAUAAUUGUCUCUGAAGGAAAAUCUCCACAAGUUAAUGAAAAGUUCCAUUUAGUUCCAAUUUAAGACAAAACGCAAAGAAACAAAUUUAACUUCCAUUUUCUCGUUUUAUGUUUAAUGACACACCCCACUCCCCUGAAAAUUUUUCUAGGGGAGCCCAGAUGGACACUGGUUGAUAGCCCUGUCCCUGUAGAGCAUGUUGAUACCCACAUCCCGCAGCAGCAUUCCUGGUCAGUUUUACUAGUUUUGGCUGCAUUCUAGGAACUCCCAUGAAACCUUUGUACUUCUUUCCUGAAAAUAGCAGUAUCCAGGCCUUUGAUCCACUUGCUCCUCGAAAAAGGGAUGCCAUUUCCCACCUUGAUGCAAUUGUAUCAAAGAAUUAUUCAUUUAAUACAACGGAUGAUGAAAGGAGGACUAGGGAAAAGUAGGAACACAACGGGAAAUGAGCCACUUGCCGACUCAGAUUGUCCGUGAUAAAUGUAGCUAAACUGUCGGUGAAUUAUAAUAGUUAAUAAAUGGGAUUAAUCUUCAAGUUCGUAACAAGCUAUCCCCCGGCACAUUCUUCUAAUAUUUUUUUAUUGAUUCUUCCGAGUAAAUGAAGAAACUGUGAAAUAAAAGGAAAGCUAUAUCUUCCUAUCUUAUGCAAAAAUACUUAAAUUUAAAUAAUCUCAGCCAAGUUUCGAUUUGGAGAGCAGUAUGCUAAUCUUUGAGCUAAUGUGUUACUCAAAAAAGGGUAAGCAAUGAAAUUGAAGGCAAAUCAUGUUUUAGACUUAAUCAAGAUAUCUUGAGACUGUUACAAUGGACUGAUACAACCGUGUAACAUUUCCCGGUUAAAAAGAAGAGAGGAAUUCAGUUUACUUGCUCAUUGAAUCUCGUCUACUUUUGUAGGGUCGGAAACGGAAGCUGCUUUUGGUUGCAAUGGGGGGGGCACUGGUCCAGAGCCUCGCCGCUCUAGUUUGUAGUGUGGUUGCACUUUCCUCGAGGAAUGGGUAAGGUUUAAAAAAUCUUCCUAAUUCAAACCUAAUAUUUAGUCAGUUAAGUGGAUGGUUUGUCUCCUACUCAUUGAUAAUUGUAAAGGUACUAAACCAACAGUAACCUUUAUGUAAGUUUUUUUUUUUCAGAAUGCAAGCAUAACUUUGUAUUUUAAAUUUUUAAGCACCGAUGAAAAGCCUCAUCCAGUGAAGAUCAAAACGACAUAUCAACUAUGGAACCUUGGGCAAGGUGGUUUCGUUGUGUUGAAUAAAAAUGGUACCGUAGAUUGCAAAGGGACUAUUGGGGCCCCUGCGAGUACGUAGAUUGAUCUCUUUUUUACUAGUGCAACUAUGAACUGCCCAUAUCUAAUUUAAUGUUUGUGAGUAUCAUCUUUGAAAAAGCUGUCGGGGUUUAAGUAAGGUACCAUUCAGCUCACAAACGCCUACACUGAGACCGCUUUACUAAAAGUCCAAAUCGAUAUUCUCGAUGCAAUAGAUGAGAACAAGUGUGUUUGCUCCUCAUGUUGGCCAUGUUCAUUGGGUUGGAUACCAUCGAUUGCAAACUUUUCGGAUAGAUCGUGAAAUCGUUUUAAAUUAAGAGGAGGUGAUGAUUGAUGGUAAGGAGUGAGUCUGUAGUGAACUCAGUGAUGAUACCUAAGUUUACUUUGCUUGAGGCCCAAGAAAGUCGCCCAAAAGCUUCCUCGGCACGCACAUAAGCAUGUGCACGUCAUGCCGAAUCAAAGAAAAAGCUGAGCCACUUAUUCUGAGUGGAGCCAUCUUCAUAUUCCUCACAUUUUUUCAGUGACAGAGCCGUAGCCGAAAGCUCGCGGAAAUCUUCCAGUUUCAUUGAGGGUGAAUUGUAAAGGGAAAGUGACAGCUUAUCCAUUUAGAUAAACCAUUUACUGUAAUUCGAGGAAAUCAAACAAAACAGCAGGAAAUAUAGGUGUGCUUUGGCCGAGAAACGAUUUAGUUUGCUCCUCUAUCUCGAUGUUUACUUUUGCGGUCUAACAAAUUUCCCAUCUGAUUAACGGGUUCUCCAAAGACAAAUUAAACGCAAAUCAAAUUAUUGCGCGCGUUCUUUAAGAAAGAAAAACCAAAACAAAACAAAUGUAUGACAAAAACAAAUGCUACAGAUCCGACAGUCUAUAAAUCUGUGCAGUGGUCAUGCUGCAAGCCAUACAAUAGUUAACUGGCUGACGAGUCAAGUCUAAAGGUUACAUGAUGUUUCUAGUUUGAAUGGCUUCAGAUUUUAUCACCGGAGUAACGUUACCUAACCAUUCUUGACGCUGAAGAAAAUCCGGAUAAGCUACUCGACUCGACUCCUUCUUCCAUCUAAGUUUGCAGUUGAUGUGCCAGCAUAGUAAUUUCGUUCGAUGCGUUCUCGUCUCUUCGUGCGCUCCUUUUUACUUACUUAUUGAUUUACUUUAUUAAGAGUUAUUGCCAGAAUUUAUAAGUAUGGAGCUACGCUUUGUGCGCGCUGCUAGCUCUGCAUUAACUUGUCUCCGUCGCUGUGUUUUUUAAAUAUAUGUAAUUUUAGUCUCUUUUCUUUGAAUCGUAGUUAGGUCUUAUGAUAACACAACUGGUGCUUGCACAAACUGCAUUGCCCUUGGCGUCAGCAAUUUAUUACUGGUAGGGGAUGCAGCAAGCAGAGCUAUCAAAGCAGAGGUAAGAAAUGAAUAUUUACUUACUCAUUCACCCACUCAAACGGCACUCAUUCUUCACAAACCAAUUCUUAAACCACACUUAAUCUAUAUUAUGUGUUAGGUGUAGAACGAACCUAUCCUCUCUGACGGGUAGAAUUAGAUCUCGAGAUGAAGAAUGUAAUUAUUUGGUUUACUUUCCAACGUAAAAAUGAAUGAAUGCCAAUCGGCAAGGCGAGUUGGAUUUUCUAACCAUAACGGUUAUAGUAAUCCAUAAUUUUAACAAAAGAAGCUGGAUAAUAGCAAAGAAGAGAUAUAAAUGAACCUUGUGUCCAAUAGGGAGAACCUUGCUUACUAAAUUCAGUUAGGGUGAUUGAGCGCUGUGUGGUUGUUACAGAAGAAGAGAUAUGUUACUUUUCAUCUACCCGAAAAAAAUAAAAUCUUAGUGUGAAUUGUUUAGCUCGGUUCAGGAGAAAGGGGCGUCUCCAGGUUAAUCUUGCUUUAGUCAUCAUUGGAACUGUGACGUACAUUCAUUGACUUUAAAUAUGGCAAGCAGAUGUGUUACUCGUUAUCUUCCGCAAAAUUUGGAAAUAAGAUAUAGACAAUAUGAUAUAAUUUUGUAUGUAGUUUGAGUAAAAAAAUAAAAAUAUACUACCAAGUGGCUGAUUCGUCAGUUGAAAAUUUCGGUUGGUUUUUCCCUUUUCCCGGAGCUCUCGGGGCGAUUCGGAAAUAUCCUGAUCCUAAAAAAAGUAAAACGCUAUAUUAGGCAUGUUUCUUGUUAAUGGUUCGUCUCAUUGUUCCCUUUAAAGUCUACAGUUGCCCACUUCGAAUUCACGUAAGAAAAAAGGUUGCGCAAGAUCUAAAAUUGUUCAUAAUUUCUGUGCACAGUUCUCACGGUUGGCUCUCUCUCCCAUCUCUCGAAGAUAAUGAAGUCUUUCUUGAUUCUUAUUAAGGGAAAUCUUUUUGUUAUAUAAUAAAUCCCUUAUUAUUAUAAUAAUAAUAAUGAUAAUAAUAAACAAUCUUUAAGGAGGAAGCGCCCGUCACGUAAAUACGUGGUUUUCAGGGAGGUCCUCCGUAAAAAAUAAAAAGUAUUAAAAGCUAAAAUAAGAAAUACAAAUGUCACAGAUCUAAAAUAUAAAAUAUAAGGCGUUUAUCUAAAAAUUUUUAUCCAUCAUUUAAAAUAUUUAUCCAUUAAGAAUUUUGUAAGGUUUUCCUUAAAUUGUGCAUGGCACAUGGCAUGGCACAAUUAUUGACCAAGCUUGCUCAGUCAAGAUGGCUUGAUUUUACCCUUGCUGUUACUCUUUUGUGCGUUUUUUAUGGCCCUCGACUCCGUCCAUAUAAAAGCAACACCCGCCCACUCUCUACCCAUAUUGACCUCAUCCCUGGUCAAUAACGCAUGUGUAUUAUCAUUCUCUUUGUUGGCUACUAAUGACGUCCCUUCGCUAAACUGAGCACGCCUCAUUUAGCCAAGCGAAGCGCGUAUUAUAUUGCUCCGUGGCGUGACAUUGGCAGUGAUGAGCUACAAAUACUAAAAAAAGAUGGAGUCAUCCCUUUCUACCUGGUGCAGCAAUUUUGAUACUGCACUUUCUGUCCGUGUUUUAGCCUGUGUCUAUAUUGCAGCACCGUGGUAUUUCUUGCGGGUCUCGUUGCCGUAAUAUGGCAUAGUAGUGAAAUAAUAAUAAUAAUGCGCGCUUAUUAAGGAUAGAGGAUGAUUGUUUUUAAUUCAAAAUUAUCUUCUUCACCUUCAAUUUGCAAGAAUAUAGGAAAAAUUAAUGGAUACGAUGAAUCUUUUGCGCCUGAUUACUUCUGGAGCUUCACGAUGUUCAAGCACCAUAAUAGCGGCCUCUACGUGGGAUGCGACAACUCUGGAAAAGCAACACUGCUUGGAGAUACGGCAGUUGAGUAUCCAGAUCCUCGAACUCUUUUUGUCCUUACCAAAAUUAACUAACUUCAAAAGACAACUGAUGAAGAAUCAUGGCCUUUCACGAUUUUUCACUGCAAAGUCAGCUUUUAUGCAACAAUUACUUUUUGGGAAGGUAUUUAAAUUUCAAUAUUAAAACUAGUAUACAGAUGUCUUGCAUAAAUAUAUGUCCGACAUUAACUUUAAUCGUAUCAAGAGACAAAGGUUGAACAGGCCAAAGGUUUACUCUGGCCUUCAUGGUAUACUCAUUGUUAUCAUGGAAUUGAUAUGAUCAGUAGGAUACGCAAGUAUACAUAGAAGAGCUCCAGCUCUAAAAUCUAGUUGAACCGGCACUCAUCGUCCUUAAUCUGUUGCAAAUCAACUGCAUAAUGCACUCCUAUCACAAACAGUUUAUAUGAAAUUGUUUUAUCUAAUCUGCGAAUAAGAAGGAUGAUGACAUAUUGAUCAACUGGUCAUCAUUCCCAGGUUAGAACAUUUUCAGUUUUUAUAUAUACUGAUUGUCAUCUGCUUCCCUAAUGAGGAACAAAGUAGAAACGAAGAUUUCAGUUAGUAACACCGCCUAACUAGUUUAUAAAAGGCACGGAUUGACUACCAGUCUCAGUCUGAAGUCUAGUUAGAUUUAUUCUUAUUACUGAGUUAACUUUUAAAGAUAAGUUAAAAAAUUGUUUCUUUAAUUAUACGAAAGUAACACAACUAUAUAUCUUCAAGAACUUAAAAUGUAUAACAGUGCUUUUAAUGUGGCGUCAACGUUUCUCGCGCUAUUUUUUUUAUAAUGUUUAAAGCAUUUAGUUUCAAAAUCUAAAUUGAAAGAACUUUGGACAUGAGCGUUCUUACUAGGACACUGGUUUCAGCUGUUUUGUAAUUCCGGAGGGACAAACCUCUAAAUGUCUAAACAAACUUGGAAUUUUCCACUACCAUGAAAUUUGCCUUUCUCUAAAUCAAGUGAAACAAUCUAUCAAAGAUACUUGAAUUUACAAGCGUAUGUUUCAUGCCUAUUAGUCCAAAAGUUCCAUACAAAGACAGACAAAAAUGGGAGAAAACGUCAUACGUAAACCAUAGUUUUCAUAGAAAAAAAAGAGGUUUUCCAAGCUGCUAUUGCUGCUGUUAAAGAUAGUUAAUAUAGAAAUUGCAAUUUGGGUGGCUGAGAAACACGAUUUUAUUUUCAGUUGUCAGACGCUGUUGAGACGUUUGUUUAUUUUUAACGUGUAUUUGCACGUAUGCAAAAAGCUAGACACAAUUUUUCACGAGCCAAAACCCACCCAUCAUUCUAAGGGUGUUUUAUAGCAUAUACAUUUGAUAUUCUUUUUAGCGCACGAAAAAUUGUUGAGAAUAAGUUGUUAUUUUGUUUGUAUCUUAAAGAAGGUCCUUGACUUUCAUAUGAGGAGAUUGUGUGGCCAUUGUGGGGGUAUACCAUGGGAGUAAGGAAUCGGUCAUUAUUUAUCACCAAUGGUGGGGGGGGGAGAUGGCAGGGUUGAGGAUUUGGUUGUGUCACAAUAGAAUUUGUCUGACCCUCCCUUGAGGCUUUAUAGUUUUCCAAAGACAGCAUGCCCUCUAUAUUUUGUUAUAGACGGCUGACCUCCCCCCUCCGGUGAUAAAUAAUAACUUAAUAAUGAUAAAAAUAAAAGAGAGAGACUGUUUUAACUAAAAUAUUUCUUCGGCCCACAUACCUAAGUAUGCUGGUGGGAAAAGAGCAUUGAAGGUCCCUUGCUUAUGGUUGCAUACUUAACCAAACGGAUCACGGUUCUAUCGUUAGCUUGUUCAGAAUUAAACCUCUGGAUACAAAAUGCUGAACAGACGUUCGUUUACACCUAUUAAAUAAGCUAGACGACCGAUCUCCUUGUAAAUAUACGCAUUAGUAGUCAAAAACGAGUAUCUCAACCAGUGAAAAAACUGUUUGCAUGUUAAUUACAAUUUAUUGUAUUGUAAUGAUUUUCUAACUUUAAAUUAAAUUAAAGGUCAUGCUUAGCCGUCGAAGAUGAGUUUUUCAAUAAAAUUUAUACUACACUGUG